CAGAAAAUAAGAGAGAUCUGGCGGAGAGGAAGACGGAAAUAUUAUAAUUUUAGUUCCGACGACCAAACAUGUUUCUCUGUUCCUCUUCUUCGAUCGGAUCGGAACCUUAACUUUCUCUCGUGUUCCGAAUUUUCCUUGCAGAUUUUUUUUGCCAAUCUGCUUUUUUAUUCUUUUUUUUGAAGAAUUCAUUCGACCGUUGAAUCCUCUUCGAGAUCCUUGUCGUUCGUUUCAAUUUUCAAAUUGUCCAAUUUUUUUUCAUUCUCGAUCAUUGCGUGCGGAUCUGGGCUCCUGGUUCUUGGUUUCAGUGUAAUUUUUUGAGCGGCGAGUUUUCGAUUCCGAAAUCGGUGGUUUCGUUGAUUGAUUAGGGUUUUCUGAUAGGAAAAAGGGACGAAAUUGUUUCGUUAUGUCUUAUCGGAUUCAAUGAUAAUUCAAGGGUUCUGAUUUCAAGCGUCUAGGGUUUUGUUUUUCCGUGAAAUUCUGUAAAAUUCAAUGGCAUCAGCUCAGGUUUUGCCGAGUUCACGGAAGCAGGAGCUCGCUGAAGCUGGAAGGCGUAAGCUGGAGCAGUUCCGAAAGCAAAAAGCAGCCGAACGAGCCAAAAAGGCUUCAUCGAAUAGCCGUGCCCAGCCUGUUGAUAGCAAAAUUGGACAGCAACGUGCCUCAGAAUCCGAUGGAGCUGUUACAUCCAUGUCUGAUGUACCUGUUGGGCUGUCUGCUGAGAAUCAUCAAGUUUCCUCAAAUGAUAUCCAUAGCAAAUCCUCAUCUUCUAGAGAUGGGGACGGUUUAUCAUCUUCAAGUUUAGCAACAAGUGAUGAAAGGAAAGAAUAUAACCAGAAAGAUGAUGCAUCCCCACCCGUGGGCGCUGUUGAUUUUUCUGGUAGCAUAAAGAUGAAAAGUCCGUUAUAUGACUUAACAGAGCCCAGAAAACCUGAAGGUAUACCGUAUAAUAUGGACAAGCAGGGAAUUCGGAGUAAUGAUGGUGGUUUUAGUCUAAGAGAAAGCGAUGGUGUUAACAAACCCAUUCCUCCUUUUCCUGGGAACACUAGACUCCCAAGCAUUUCGACCCAAACAGAGAGUUUCAGUUAUGGCGGUGGAUUAACCUCAUCCAAUGAAGGUUCCCUACAACCUACGACCAAGAUGACAGGGUCUAUUUUUGAGGUUGCGAAAAACCGACAGGGAAAUUCUGAACUCGAAGGUAGCAUGGAGCAAAAGUCAAGUCUAUCUUCCAGUUAUUUGUUUAGUCUUCAGGACACAUCCUCUCAGCCUUUCGAGUCUUCAGAUUUCAGUUUGAAUAUCAGAAGCUCUUCUCCUGUUUACACGGCUAAAAAUGAAAACAAUGCCAGGAGAUCUCGCCCAUCUUUCCUUGAUUCACUCAAUAUCUCAAGAUCUUCAGAGCAUCAACAUGCUGAGGCUGAGGCAGGUUUGACCACAUCGGGUGGGUCCCAGCUAACCGGAGGUGAUGGCCUUGGAUUGGCUUAUUUCCAGAAUCUGACGGGCAAGAAAGAUACCAAUGGACCAUUCUCGGCAAUGGGAGCACCGACUUUCACUAAUCGUUUUGAAAGUUCGCAGAGUUCUUUGUUUCCUGCAGCCAAUGGAACCUUCCCAAGUUUCAGUGAUUUCCCUGUGGCAAAACAAAAUGAAGAUUUUGCUGCUCUUGAACAGCAUAUUGAGGACUUAACACAAGAAAAAUUUUCAUUGCAAAGGGCUCUUGAGGCCUCACGUGCCCUGGCAGAAUCCCUAGCUUCGGAAAAUUCAUCCUUGACUGACACUUAUAACCAACAGAGAAGUAUAGUCAACCAACUAAAAGAUGAGAUGGAGAAGCUACAGCAGCAGAUCCAGGCAAACAUGGUGGAACUUGAGUCAAUGAGAAUGGAGUAUACAAAUGCGCAACUAGAGUGCAAUGCUGCUGAUGAACGUGCCAAAAUAUUGGCUGCUGAAGUCGUUAGUUUGGAAGAUAAGGCGCUAAGACUCAGAUCUAAUGAGUUAAAGUUGGAGAGAGAAUUGGAGAAUGCGCAAGCAGAAAUGUCGUCUUACAAGAAAAAAAUAUCUAGUCUAGAGAAAGAUCGUCAAGACUUGCAAUCUUCAAUUAAUGCCCUUCAGGAAGAGAAGAAGUUAUUGCAGACCAUGCUGCGUAAAGCUUCCCCCAGUGGAAAAUCAGUUGAUCUUGGCAAAGCCCCUACGAGUAGAAAAGAGGCAUCAACUUCUACAGAAGAUUUAGCAAUGUCGGACAAUGUGCUGGAGAAUUUCAACCAGGAAACACAUGCUACGACUCAAUCUGGAAGUGAUUCGUCAUUUACUACUAUGGCCCCUGAUAGAGAUCAAUUAGCUCUUGAGGGGUCUUCUUUAAGCAUCCCACCUGAUCAUAUGAGAAUGGUUCAGAACAUUAACACACUGAUUACCGAGUUGGCUGUGGAGAAAGACGAACUGAUGCAAGCAUUGUCAGCUGAGUCUUCUCAAACUGCUCGGCUGAAGGAAUUGAACAAAGAGUUAUCCAGAAAACUCGAAAUCCAGACUCAGAGACUAGAGCUUCUAACCGCGCAGAAUAUGGCUAUCAGCAACAUUACAUCUACAAAGCAACCAGAUUCUCAUCUUGCUCAUGAGAUCACACCGAUCGCAGAUGAGGGUGACGAGGUAGUGGAACGAGUUCUAGGAUGGAUCAUGAAGCUUUUCCCGGGAGGGCCGUCGAGAAGAAGGACGAGCAAGCUUAUCUGAUGAUGCGUAUGUUACAUCUCUCUUUCGUUUCGCCAUUCUGUAAUAUCCGAAAUGAGCCAUAUAGAGCGUCGUUCCGUUUCUUGCGUCACAAGAUUCCAUUGUUUGGGAGGUGGGGGUUCGUUCGAUCGGUUCUUGGAUUCGAAAAUUUUUUUCUUGGUCUGGUUGGCUUUGAGGAACAUAAGGGUGGGCCGUGGGGGGGAGGGGGCUCUGCAAAAUGCAAAUCCCUGUGGACGUUUUGGUUCCACAUCUUUAAGAAGAGAGAUGAUGAUGAUCAAGGAAGAAGAACAAUGUUUUGAAGCAAAUAUAAUAUAGUUUUUUUUUUUAAAAGAUUGGGAUAAUUUUGAGUGUUCAGUUUUUGUUUUUUUUUUAUUUGGUACGUACUGUUACAUUAUAUGUAUUGAAUUGAACAAUCCUCAGCAUUUCAUGUCAAUAGUAUACUGAAACAAUUGUUUUUGUA